UUAUAGGGGGCUAGAAAAGAGAGCAGUAGCCCAGCCCUGGAAAUGGAGAGAAAGAUGGUGGGGGAGAGGGAGAGAGAGAGAAAUUAUACAGUGUAAAAUCCAGACGAAUUCAGCUUUAGUAGUAGUGCAGCGCACAGAUCAGCAGGCUCCUUCACCGCUGGGGAACAACCGCCUUUUGUGUUCCCCCCCGCUGCAGUGGGGGAGUGCAUUUACCGUCGCGCCCAAGGGGAGAAGCCAAGAAGUAUCCUCCAAUCAGCCGUUAGUGAUUCCUCUCAUCUUGUGAGGCUGCUGAUGGUGAUUUAUCACUGACCUGAGACAGGCGCUGCACUCUGCUCAACACUAACCACCUGGAAUACUCACCAUGGUUUUUAUUUCUUUUCUUAAACACAAACACCCUCCUGUGGAUAUUUCAAAUACAAUGACCAAAGGACAAAAGGAGGAUUGAAAGGACUUACUGACUGCCAUUCUUGAUUUUCCUUUUCUUUCCCUGCAGACUGAAGAUGGACUAACUUUUACAGGUGCAUUUGUGUCAUAUAAGGACAUCAUUCUACACUCAAUGCUUUAAUAGAAGAAUAUAGGGACUUCCUCUGAAUUAUUUGUUAUUCCAUACCAUAUUUUAUUCUGAAAGCAUGGCAAGCAGGGGAGGAUCCUAGACACUCCACUGCAAUAAUCAUGUAGGAGUGAUACUUAGGUAGAUAGAGGUAUAUAGGGAUGGGCGGGAGAUGGAGACGGAGAGAGGGGGUAACAGUUGGAGCACACCUGCCUGCUGAGCAUGUCUGGCACCUCGCUGUAGCUUGAUCAGUGCCUGCUCUGCAGAGUUUAACUAUCAGGCUGUCUUUGCUGAAGUUAUCAUGCUUCUCAUUGAGUGGAGAUAGCUUUCCUGUCUGUUUGUGUGUAUGAGUAUGUGACUGUAAGUGUGUGUGUGGUUUGUAUUAUAAGUCAGAGUUUGGUAUUACACUGCCUCUGGAAAGGAUACAGGUGUAGUGGAGCCUUGAAUGAGGAUUAGCAGCUCUAACACCUUGUCGCUGGCAGCACACAGGGCGAUGGACCUUUUAGACAACACUCUCUCGAGCUACGGCCGCACUGGCAGUCACUGAAGGAUUAAAGAUAAAGGUUUAACCAACAUGAUGAGACUCAGAGGGAAAGGAAGGGGACAGGGAGACAUUUAAGAAAGUUAUAUUAAGAAUUUGUUAACCUUCUAAUUCAGGUUAUCCUUGUGGGAGGCAGACUGAGGCUAAGAUUAGUGAGUGAGAGUUAUAUGUCAAUAGACUGAGGAUAUUUAUAGCAGCUGGACAAGGACAAUUAAAAUAUUAAACCAUAAGAUAAUGUGUUUGGGAGUGAAUAUGUAGAGUAUAUCCACAGGCUGUUAAAAAACUGCCAAAAUAAAUGAAGCAAUGUUGAUGGUACUUGUGAUAAACAAUCUUGAUUUCCCGAAGAACCCAGCAAGCACAUAAUCCAAUUGAUCCAUCAGUUGGUUUGAUAUUGAUUUCUCUACGCAGUCUUGUCUGAUCUCGGCUCACGAGGUCAGUAAUUUAAUUAUAAUCCGUCAUUUGGUCUCACCCUGGAACAGUUGUCCAGAGUGCUGAGUAUGCUGUAGCUUAGAGAAUCAAUGGUCUAAUACUUGUCAUGAUAUCUGACAAUAGAUCAGAUAAACACAAUGCAUUCGUGCUGCAGUCUUCUGUAACAGUCUUACAGUUUUGGCAUGUGUUGUUUACGUGUCUUGUUUUAUUUGGAGAGGCAGUAUGAAAAAGGACUUCUCCACUGAUGGCAGUUCUGCUGACAGUUACAGGCAAUUUGGCAGCUUGUGUGUGUAGUUAGGCUUGUAGUUGAAAGAAGCGCCUGUCUUGAUACGUGUGCAGGUGUGCAUGUUUUUUUGGGCUUCUAUCCCUGGCAUAUAGCUUAUCUUAGCUGCACAGCUGGGGCUUAAAGAUCCUGGCUAAUGGUGUAACGUGCACCACCAUGCACAGUCCCCAUUUUCAGAUAAAUUAGGAAAUACCUUUAACAAUACAUUGAUUCUGAAGUGGAAGACUAGCAGGGGAAGCGAGUCCUGACAAGGCUCCCAGGAGGAGAAGUUAUCUCAGCAGCCACACUCAGCAUCCCUUCAGCGAUCCUGGAAAGCCGAGGGUUUGGUAGGUGAGAAGCUUGGUGUGGGAGUUUGGAAAGCGGGAAGAAAAACAGGACUGAGGCAAGUUGUUUGAUUGCUGCGUUGUUUGUAUCUACUUUGUUCAAAGAGCAAUGCUGAAAGUGUGCUGUUUGGAGGUUUAGUGCUGUGAGUGAGAAAACUCAGGAGCAGCGUGGGGGAGUUCAGUUCUUCUGGGAAAACCUGCUCUAUACUGCAGUUUCCAUCAUUAAAGAACAAACAAGGAAAUGUACUGUAUGACCACUUUCGACAAGUCACUGGAUAAGCAUUGAUUAGUCUGAAACACCUGCCUUAUCUAUUUAAAGACAUAAGCCCAAACCAGGAGGACUCUUAAAAACAUAUUUUCUCCAGGCCCAAGAUUACGGUGAAACUGGAUGAUCCACACCAAGCACCUGAAGCCAAACAAGCAACAUUUUUGCCUGCGAUGGAGACAGAAACAAACACAUGGUCGUGCAGCUCUGAAACCACAUUUAAAUUUCCUCUGGAUUAUAACACUUGAAUUGUGAACAAGAAGAUAAAAACAGUGACACACCCACAUAAACUGUGUAUCCGUCCCCAGCAGGGAUGUGCUCUGAGAAGGAGUAGUGUAAUAUACCACAACCCUGCGAAUGAGGGUGGGGCUCUCCCACUGCCACAGACAAAGACCUUGAUAAAGAGAGUCCUGGUGUGAGAACUAGUCAAGUGGGGCAGUUUUGGACCGGCACAGUCCAGCACAGUGUCAAAAGUAACAAUGGGGUGCAACAUGUGUGUGGUUCAAAAGCCUGAGGAACAAUACAGGGUCAUGUUCCAGAAGGGUCACAUAAGCAACAUGUUGUGCUCUUUUGAAGCUGACGGUCGAUUAAAGGUGAAUGGAAAGGAGCUUUCCCGCCUUUCUGGAGAUCCCACUCUGGACAUACGGGACCCCGUGCUGUCCAACAUACUGAGACGGGGGGCCCGCAGACGGGCAGGCCUAGCAGGAGCUCCUGGAGGGUUAGUGCCAGUGACCAUGGGCAUGGCCGACUGUGUGGACAGCUGCACUCAAACAGACAUCAGCUUCCAGCAUAUGUUGACUCUGGGCAAGAGUAGCCAGCAUCCCUGUGGAGCUCCACCCCCACCCGAUCCUCCACCAUCCCCUCCACUACCACCGCUACUGGAGCCAUAUCUAUUCAAUGAACUCUUUAUAGAGCCUGUAUACUACGACCCCACUGACUACUUUGAUAUCACUCAGCAUGAAGUGGACAGACAGGAUGAGCUGGAAUAUGAGGAGGUGGAGUUGUAUAAGUCUCGCCAGCAGGAUAAACUCGGGCUGACAGUGUGUUACAGAACCGAUGAUGAGGAGGACCUGGGAAUAUAUGUAGGAGAGGUGAACCCAAACAGUAUAGCUGCAAUAGAUGGACGCAUCCGCAAGGGAGACAGAAUACUACAGAUAAAUGGAGUGGACAUCCAGGACAGAGAGGAGGCGGUAGCUAUACUCACCAGAGAGGACAGCACUAAUGUCUCCCUGCUCCUUGCACGACCCGAGAUAGAGAACGACAACCAGCUGGACCCAGAUGAGCAGGACCUGGAGCCACUUGACAAUGCUGUUCAUCUGCCAAGCAGCCAAAAAGUGAGGAACAACACCUCUGUUCUGGGUGCUGGACCAUGCAGUGCUACUGGUGGAGGUAUACUAGGUAGCCAUGGUCGCUCAAUGAACAGGGAUUCACCUGAUUUGCUCCAGACAGUGCUGAGCAACAGCCAGGAGCUGGACAGCGGUGUGGGCCGUACAGACGAAAGCACACGCUAUGAGGAGUCUUCAGAACACGACCUUCUGGGAGACGACCACACUAGUGCCUCCAAUACGAACGCUACCAAUACGCCUGGCAGCAUGCGCAAGUUUUUGUCCGGCAGAGGGGACACUCCACCUCUGCUGCACUCCCAGGACCUCCAGUUCAGCACUGACUCCCUCUUAGGGCUGGACUGUGUUAAUGGAGGAGGGCUGGACCAGGUGGAGCGAUUGGAGAGGGCCUACAUGGCGGAUGCUGUGAGGAUGAUGAUGCCUGGGCUGACUGAGGAGGAGUGUGAGAGGUACAAAGAGCUCCUGGAAAUCAAAUGUUACUAUGAGAAGAACAGUAAUGAUCUGAUGCUACUGGGAGGUCAGGGGCCAGCACAAGAGGAAGGGGGUGUCUCACUGGAUGUCAAUAGGAAUGAGAGCCUGACGCAGCAUGAGAUGGCCCUACUGGAAGAGGAACUGCGCCACUUGGAGUUCAAGUGUCGUAACAUCUUGAGGGCACAGAAGAUGCAGCAGCUGAGGGAGCGUUGUCUGAAGGCUUGGCCUCUCGAGGAGAAGAAUGGAGCAAGUGCAGGGGCUGGAGCUGGAUGCUUGGACAUGACUGGUACUUUGGUCAGUGAGGAGUCCUGUCACCACGCUCUGUCAGAUAUCAAUGAGCUCCCAGAGAGGGAGCGCUCAGAUAAGGACAGUACGAGUGCCUAUAACACUGGAGGGGAAAGUUGCAGGAGCACCCCUCUGGUCAAUGACCAGUACCCUUCACACUCUACACAGAGCCUGGAGAGAGGAGAGAAUCUUCUCCCAGCAGAUAUGCAGCUUCCAACCUCCACUAGACAGAGAGAGAGAGGAACCAGGGCUGAAAGAGGAGACAGAAUACAGGCAAACCUUAACCAACCCUAUUCUCCACACACUCAAAGAAGAGGAGCUGAAGCUAAGACAUCCAGCCCCGGAGUGAAGGUUAGGUCCCUGACCCGGGAUGCAGGAGCCAGACGUGGCUCAGAUGGAGGGGUGAAACGAAACCCCAAAGAGAGGACUGGUGGAUGCAGCGCAGAGAACAGCCCUUACCUGUCCCGCCGUCAGACUGAUACAAAGCCGCCUCAGCGCUACCUGAGCUGCAUGCAACUGAGGUCUCCCUCAACUUCUGAGCGGCUUGGUGGACUCAGAGAUGCUUCCAGAGAGGGCACCAUGGAGACUGAGGGUGAUGCCAGCCCAAUGAGUUUGGGUAGCACAUGUAAAAAUGUUGCCCAGGUUCCAGUUGCUGCACCCUUAACCUUGUCCCCUCCACUGCUGCCUGCCUCCCCUCGUAUGGAGUGGAAGGUGAAGAUCCGCAGUGAUGGCUCACGCUACGUGGCCAAACGGCCUGUGAGGGAUCGCCUCCUGAAGGCACGUGCCAUGAAGAUCAGAGAGGAGCGCAGUGGCAUGACAACAGAUGAUGAUGCUGUGAGUGAAAUGAAGAUGGGCCGUUACUGGAGCAAGGAGGAGCGCAAGCAGCACCUACUGAAGGCCAGAGAGCAGCGGCGGCGCAGGGAGUUCAUGUUGCAGAGCCGUCUUGACUGUUUGAGAGAGCGUGAGAGGGAGCAGGGCAGCAGUUGUGGAGGACAACAGGGGACAACACACCAGCAGGAAGCCACCUCCAUCCUAGAGCUGUGCCACCGCAGGAGCUUGAAGAAGCGCAGUCGCAGAAUCCUGGACAACUGGAUCACAAUACAGGAGCUACUGGCCCAUGGGACCAGGUCUGCUGAUGGGAAGAAAGUCUAUAACCCCCUGCUGUCUGUCACAACAGUCUGAGAUAAGAUGGGAGAGAAGGAGGCAGAGUUUGGGAGGGAUAAGAAAGUGCCAAAGUGUUUUGAUAGGGCCUAUAGGAUGAACACGAGCUGCUUCAGUACAUCUUGGCACAAAUAUCUGUCUGCAGGGAUGCAGCAACAUUCUGAAACACAAAGUCCAUGAUGGUAGUAUAAAAAAGCACAAGUUAGGCCCCAGCCUAAAAUGUUUAGAUUGGAGAAAAGCUCAUGACUGAGACUGCCAGGGUUUGUCCAGUAAUCAUCUGAAACAGAAAGACAAUACACACUUACAAUACAGUAUUGUCGAAUUGAAACUGCAUUUCAGAAAUGCAUUCCAUGAUCACAAAUACAAAUUUACAAAAGUCAUAGGUUUCACAAAUACAUUGCAGUAUAUUUUAAAUACACUGUAUUCCUGUUCAAUUUUGUCUGUUUGAAGCGACCUAAACCAGUCAAAAAAAGUAUUCCAGCAAUUGUCAUGAUGCUUGACCUCUCACAUGUGAAGAAUGUGAUUGUUUUACACAGAAACCUGUACCAGCUUGUCAGAUUUGAAAUCUGGACAUCAGCGUGAAUGAACAAGACAAAAAACAAGUGUGCAGGGUGGACAAGCGGACAGAUAUAAAGUAAGAAAAAGAGCACACAUUAGCAUUUUUUUGAAACAAUAGAUAAUAUGAAAAAAAUAGAAAAACAUCACAUCAUUGAGAUCUGUCUUCUUACAUUACGGGCAGAUGGUGUUAGAAAUGGCACCACCUGCUGUUUAGCCAUAAGAGAAGUAGUGCACAACUUAAAAGUAAUCUUUGCAAGCCUCUACAUUUUUAUGAAUGACAGAGCAGGAAAAUCAAAAGAGGGGCUAAAAACCAUGCAGCUGUGAAAACAUUGAGAAAAAGCCACUUUUGUGCCAUAAAACUGUAUAUGUAAUGUCCAUAAAGGACUGUUCAUUAAGGACAUUUUCAAAAGAACAUUGUGUGCCAGUUAAUGUAGUUGACAUUUUUUUCCAUUCUUGCUGUGUUCAUGUACAAAUGCUCCUUUGUGUUGACACAGGAAAUGCAACAUUGUCAGACCACAGAGGUGUUUUGAUAAUGAGGAGCUGAGCGGUGCCUUCCUUUCAGGCAGACUUGACUGUAUAGCACAAUUUUCAAAGUGAUUCAAAAAGGCUGAAAUACUGUAGCUGAGAGAAUAAACACAGAAGCACAGAGCAACUGACAGGCUUACUGUUUUUUUAAAAAAAAGGUACACUGUGUCAUACAAAGCACAGAAAACAUUUAAUUCAAGAAGGCACAUUUGCCGUUUAAAUGGAUAAAAUAUGAAAUCCUUUUCCUCCAUUUGCCAUUUUUUUCCUGACCAGUAAGUUUUGCAAAUGAAGAAUAUUCUUUGCAACAAAAAAUCUGUCUGCAGCUACAUCUGUGAACUACAACUGUGAAUUUUUCUAUACAUUUCCUGUCAAAAGUGUCUCUCCCAACUUGACACACAGGUGUUUUUAAUCCUGUGCUCUCAGAAUAAGCCUAUGGAUAAUUAUCCAGCAAAAGUACCUACAAUGACAAUAAUAGCCAACAAUGGGGCGACUCAUUUAUAAAACCUUAUGAACAAAAGCUGAUCUUUCAUUUGGCCUACAUGCAUGUUUGAUAUUGAGGUAGAAAUGAUUUUUUCCAUGUACUUAAAGACUAAAAGCCUUUAACAUACUGUAAUUGUGGAUGUGUCUUUCUAUGAAGUUGCUUCAAAUUCUAGCAUAGAAAAAGAAAUCAUGUACUUGUUCAAUAUUGUGGUGUCAUGUGUCUGCCAUUUCACAGUGAAAGCUUUUCUAAAUAAAUGCUGUGAUCAUGAGAA